AUGGUUUUGAAACCACUGAACGUUCGGGUGGAAUUGUGUGAUUUUAAUUGUGAUGAUGAUGAUGAUGAUACUUGCAGGCCUUUGGAGACUGAGUUGAAAUUACUUUUAAAAAACAAGCUCGGAACAAAACCUUUUCUACCCUUUUCAAAUAAAUUUAUAAAAGUAGAACAUGGGAGGUUUGGAAUUCAUGCCACUGAUGGCCAAACGAUGGAGUAUUUUCAAAUGUCCUAUUCAAAUGAGUGUAUUCUAGUGAUUGGUUCUAAACCACAGAAGGAUAGUGCCACUACAAUUUAUGUUCUUGAUAUGUAUUCGAAAAGAUUGCUCCAAAGUAUUGUACUCAAUUUUUAUUGCUGCAUUUUACAGGUGGAAAGUAUACCUUCAAAAAUGGGAGGCGACAAUUUGAUAAUGACAAAUCAUGAACGUAUUUAUUCAUAUAAUUUGAGAGAUUUCUUAACAACACAAACAAACCACAAGCCAAAAAUUCUAUGGAAAGCAAGAGUUCCAAGAAUAUUAACCCCUCAAUUUAGAGGUAUUCGAGGGAUGGCCAUUCAAUAUUCAACAACUGACUAUGGAGAAAAAAUACAAAAUGUACUGUACGCAAGUGAUUUUUCGAGGAGCAAAGUUUAUGUGUUCAGUUGUGUGGAUGGGAGGCUGUUAAAAGAAAUAACUCACCCAGUCAUUCAUUCUCCUUGGGGAAUGGACUUCAAUUCAAGAGGUGAAUUGCUUUUAAGUGAUUUCAGAGCAAACAAAAUUUACAUGCUAAAAUGCACAUUGGAUCAAGUUCAACUCUUGAAAUCAUUUGGUGAUAACGAGUUGCAAAUUCCAAGACAAGUCAUCGUAGAUCGAGUGACGCAAAAUAUUAUUGUGUAUAGCCAAGAAAAUAGAAUCAUUUGUGUGUAUGAUAGGAAUGGAAAUUAUUUGACGAGUAGUGAUGCACGUGUACAAUUAAGUUUACUUCAAGACAUUAUGCUUUUCAACCAUUUUACAGGUGAAUUACUUAUCAUGGAUCGCCUCUUUCUCAAUACCGACGUUUUGGUGUAG